GGGCUGUGUGUCUGUGUGUGUGUGUGUGUGUGUGUGGCACAUAUUACUGAAAUGUUGACACCUCAUGGAAAGGACUUACCUUUGUCUUAAUACUAUCAGAAAGACGAUGCAUAAACUUGUUUGAAGGUCAGUUAGCAGCAUUUAAAUGAAGUUUGGCAAUUAGCACUGGGGUUUUUUAAGCCAACGACUACCAGCAGAGUUUCUAAAGAGCCAAAUCCCUGUCUGCGGCUGCAGCGGUGAUAAAACAAACAUGUACGUUGUAUAUGCGACCUACACGACCCACCAUUGUACCAAUUUUUUCAGCUGCGAUUUGGUUAUCCACCGUUAGAGUGCAUGAGGUGUUGAAGUUAAUUUGUCCACCGCAUCUACUUUAUAAGUAUGUGGUUUGAGUUGAGACGUGGUGGUAUUUGUGUUUGUGUAUUCGUGGACUUAGAGCAAAGUCGGCUAGUUUCCCGGACACAGGUCAUUGCCACGUUCACGUCGUGACUGUAAUUUUGACCGAAUAACCAAGCAGAAGAAAAUCUUUCACAUCAGCUCUAGUUGUGAUUUCGAAUCAGAGACGAUGGGAACGUCCGACAUUCCGCCACAUCCACACAGCGAAAGCAACUGAGAGUCAUCAAGCUUCGGCAAAAUGGCUGCAAAAAGCCACCUUCACUGGCAGUUACAUCUCAAUAAAAUUCCAUAUUUAGCUAAUCGCAGCUUGUUAGCUUGCGGGCCAUAAAGCUACGUAUGCUAUGCCUACUUGUUUACACAGCUGAUCGGAAAACUAGUCAACGUAGUUAAAUACAUAAAAUACAUUUAGCAUGGGGGGGGCGUUGUAGCAGAGGCUGUUUGAAUAAAUUAGUCUGCCGGACAGUUUGCAAGGGAACAAAGCCAAAACCAAGACUGUUGGUACAGCUCAGCUGUGCUGAAGCUACAACUCUUGACAGUUUGUCGUGGCCAUGGCUUCGGCAGCUCUAGAGCUGAUGGGCUUCUUCCUGGGCCUGCUGGGGAUGCUGGGUACCCUGGUCGCCACAGUGCUACCGUACUGGCAGAUUUCUGCCCACAUUGGCUCCAACAUCGUCACGGCCGUGGCCAACAUGAGGGGCCUGUGGAUGGAGUGCGUCUAUCAGAGCACGGGGGCUUUCCAGUGCGAGACCUACAACUCCAUGUUGGCCCUUCCCUCCGACCUGCAGGCCUCCCGUGCCCUCAUGGUCAUCUCCAUAGUGUUGUCUAUCCUUGCAAUUGCCGUGGCAGCCCUGGGGAUGCAGUGCACUCUUUGCUUGGAGGGCACAGGUGCAGUUAAGAGUCGCGUGGCCGGUGCCGGCGGCGGCCUAUUCCUCACUGCGGGCUUUCUGGCACUCAUACCUGUGGCAUGGACCACGCACGAGGUGGUCCAGACCUUCUACAGACCAAACGUACCUGCCAGCAUGAAAUUUGAGCUGGGGGAGUGCCUAUAUGUCGGCCUGGCCUCGGCGCUCAUCUCCAUGCUGGGAGGGGGGUUGCUGUGUGUGUCGUGCUACGAGGAGCAGGAUGGCGGCCGCGGGAGACGGCACGGCGGAGGGUAUCCGUAUCCAGUGGGGGGCGGCAUGCCCGGCGUAGGGGCACGGACAACCUCACAGAUCUACCGCAACCCCACCCUGCAGGUGGGGGGCGUCAACACAUCCAGCAGGGGGCAGACACUGGUACGCAGUACCAGCGACAGCUCCCACUCGGGUACACAUGCAGUCCAGGGAGUCAAGAAGCCCACUGCGGCAGGAUACGACAUCACAGGAUAUGUCUGAGGCUACUGCCACUCCAUCACACCUUUACAUAUCGCUCUCCGACAACUUACAUUCAAUGAAAUGUAUUUAUGUAGUGUAUUUAAUCCAAUGUUGUCAUUACAUAGCUGAUGGAGCAACAAGCUGUUGCCUCUUCAUGUUCUGCAAUCUGUGGUGGAUCUGCUUGUUUUAGCAUUUUCAAACGCUUGUGAAAUUAAGAGAAACUGUGGCGUUUCGGAGGAGGCCAGUUUAAAGUGUCUGCGGAAAGAAACGAUAACAUCCACUACACAACCCGACCGCAAGAACUAUUAUCUACAAUUAUCUCUCUGUAUCUGUUCUGAAGACUUUGUGCCUUUAAAAAUGUGCAGGAUGUCACUCAUUUGUAGAAAAGUCAUAAAGUGUCGACCACACAAACACAGAUGUGUCGCAGAUGACUAAAAACUAAACAACCCUUUUAUUCACUUCGUUUUGUUGUUGUUUUUUUGUAAACACUCUGGUAACUAACCUUCCCAGUGGCUUUCAGCAUGAAAGCUAAAGCCAGGCCUGACAUUUCUAAUCUGAACCCCGGCGAUCGCCUCUCACAGUGGGCCGGCUGUGUCGGCCGAAACUCAGACUGCUCCACUGGUAGUCAGUUAGUCCACCGGACCGUCCGCAUCAAGUGUGACCAGACCUAAAUGCAACGCAGUCUCCCUGAGAGUAAUUCAGAGAAGUUCCCAAAGCUUUUAAGUGUCAGUGUGCUUUAAUAUCACAGAGUGAAAAAGGGUGUUGCGCCUGUUUGGAUCGCAGGCUGCCGUCUGUAAAAAGCGGUGUAGAGGUCUGUUUGACCUUUUCUCUUUUCUGCCAGUCUGAGGAUCUUCAGCACAUGCACCUUAAAACACGGAUGGAUACAGCGACUUGAUGCAAAGCGCGACCUCCCUUGCCACGGGACAUUUACACCUCUCACUUGAGGUCCAGGCAUCACCCCUUCUUCUUUGGUCCUCUUUGGGUCAUUCCCACUCAGCUAAAAGUUCUCGAUGUUUUUUGCGCCACAUCCCUGAUGAUUAUCGUGGAUUUAUUUCUGGUACAUUGAAAAACCUUCUGUCGGCUGAUUUAAACAAAGCUUCAAAAGUGUUUUUUUGGUUUAUUUUUUACUUGGAAAUAAAACUAAACAUUUCCUACAUGCCAUUUGUUGAACGCUUUUUUCCUUUUUUCUUUUUUUUCAUACAACUUGUUCAGCACCACGAAUGGUUAGGCAUGCGCCAUAGCACAUCACGGCAGCGGAUAUUUUGAGCUGACAUAGCAGCGAAAGCGCAGGUGGAACCAAUAUCUAAUCGAUGUCCGUGCUGCUGCAUUUAGGUGUCCCGAUAGGCCAUGACGGUGAUUCAGUACCAGCCAUUAUUGGUAUUAUUAGCCACGCCUGUGUUUGACAAGGUUUUGAUUUGUUUUCUUUUGGGUGGAAUUGGUCUUUUAUCUAAUGACUGCUCUGAAUUUCCUACAAAUCCAAGUUUAAAGUAUAGAGGUAGAACAACUGCCACGUAAAGGCCUUUUUAUGAGGCACUUGUUAAAAGACCAUGACUGUUGGUGUUACAGGAAACUUUUGACCGGUGUUUUUUACAGUCCACAAUGGGGAGAAAGAUCAGGGCCCUGAACUGAAGGCAAACAGAGGAUCAACACAAACAAACCUAAACAAACAAAGCCACUACUUUACUCCAGUCGAUAUGCAGCUUAGCUCGGACCAACAGGCACAUGCUAACUGGGUCAGCUUACAGUCGCAAAACUGUGAUAACGCUUGAGGCUUGGACGGUUGCCCUUUAAACAUACAAGUACAUUAGGUGAUGACUGGAUCUCGACCCUCUUUGAACCGCCGUACUUGAAUUAGUGCGGGUCUUCAUUUGGGUCUGUUCCAACGAGAGGACUUGAGAGCAGGUCCCAGUGUAGGAUGAAGUGCGAAGAUGCAACGCAGUCCGUGCUGUCUUAUAAUAAACGGCAUUUCUUUAGCUACUGGUGGGUUCCGUUCAGGUUUGAGUAUACACAGCGCCCUGUGGUCAGGUGGGAUACAGUCCAUCAGACCCAUGAGGAUUUCUUCUCCUCGUGUUGGGAAACGCAAAAUGCCACAGACCACGGCUCCUGGGGGUCGAGCCCAGACCGAAACUGGAGUCUGGGACGUUCAGGAAGUGAACCGGUUCAACCGACACACUUUCGACCGAGAGAGCACCAGAGAUAAGCGGACCAGGGACACAUGCACGCCGAGGCUGUGAUAAAGACCAAGCGCGGUCUGAAAAAACAUACGGUGGAUGCUCCUGAGCACUUUGUGUGUCACAGAUACAGGGUGUACAACCGGCAGCGCCGAGUGAACAGUCCCUGUUUCCUGGUGCACUGGGGAUAUCUAGGGAGAAAAUAAAAUAAUGCAUAAAAAAAACCCACCGAAUUGAAUAAGACUGUAGUGAUGAAUUAACCACAACCAUCAUCUUAAAUUAAAUACUAGUUGUCAGCAUGAGUUUUUGAAGGAAACCUGGAUCACCCAUUAAAAAACGAAAUAAUUGUAUUUAUCAAGGAAAAUGAUCACAAAAAGAAGUCAAAAACCAACCACCCGCUACUGACGGGACGGUUAACAGUUUAACCUUGGACGGAAACGGACCGGCGCAUCCAGAGACGGACUGCCCUGGCAGUUUGUGGGAAACACAGUUCAGGAUCUGAGAACGGAGAGCUAACAGCAGCACCCUACCGCAACUGAACUCAUGCACUGGGGAUACCAGUUGAAGGGGGGCACUGGUGCGCUGGUGAACUUCGCCGGCCAGACGACAUAAAUUACCGGCCAAGUUCGAAGCAAAGCAGACCGCCUUCAAACUGGGGCGCAAAUAUGAAUCCUGGGGAGAAAAGUUCCACAAAAAAAAAGGA